AAAUUGCUGGCACAGCGUUAAGGCUCACAAGGGACAAAUGUUCCUUUGUUCCCGUCAAUUUGCCGAAUGUGAGUUGGCUCCUGGGGCAGCACAGAUGCCUCACAGGCGGUCAAGUGCGACACAUUUGGUUUGACCGAAUCAAUGUCUUCACAGCCCUUCAUGCGGUUGUUCUCUGGGAUGAACAAUCAAUACACCCGUCGGGAGGUCUUCUGCCAGAACACCUGCCAUGAUCUCAAGCGUUUCUGGGAAAGGGAAAUUGGUAAACAGACUUACUACCGAGAAUCGGAAGAACAUCGUCUGGGAAGAAGCGCACUGAGAAAGCUCAGAGAAGAAUGGAAGCAGAAGCUGGAAACUAAGCUGAGGCUGCGGAACAAUCCAGAGGACACUGAAAAGCGGACAAAUGUUGGCUGAGAGCUUCCUGCUUCAUUGACACAAGAAGAUACAAAACACUGAGGUCACUUUGCUAGGAGAAGUCAAUGCAAAUCCCUGAGUCCCUUUGCUAUACCUGUCAGCCCUCACACUAUUGUUUCCCCCGCCAGGAGAGGAUUUACCUGUAAAUGCUUUCCCAGUGCUUGAUGGCAGUUAUUGGUCAAGUCAGUCCUCUGUGCAUGGGCGCCAGGUUAUUAUCCCAAAUGUCUCUAAAGAUAGCUUAUUUAAUAUCGAAGCUCCAUGCAGCAUUCCUUGCUUCUAUAUAAUUAUCUUCUAAUUUUGAAAUCCAAAUAUUUUAAACUCUAAACACCCCAAGAGGAAUCCUCAACCUUCAUGGUCAAACUUUAAACAUUGCACAGUGGUAUUGCCCCACCAUUUCACCUAGGAAACACAGCUUUAUGGAAUUCUUGUUUUCUUUUUAUAAGAAGAGAAAUGCACCUAUCUGCAAAAAUUAAAAAAAAUUAUCAAUAGUCAAAGUACAGUUUGAAAAUAAAUUGAUCUAAUAUAUUUUUCUUCAUAUAAAUUUAAUUGGCUUUUUCAAAAAUAUAUUUACCAAGAAUAAUAUCAGAAUAAUUUUAAUAAAGCUUGGUUGUCCUGUCAUCACUAUGCACAUGCCUUCAUUUUAUUGCUUUAUUUUAAUCUCUGCAUGUUUGCACUGGUUGGCUCUCUGUCAGCCCAGCCAAAGUCUAUCUGGCCACUCCACAGAGUAUUUACUACACAGAUUCUGGAUUUUGAAAUGGUACAGUCACUCCCUUGCCAUCUCUCAAGUUCAGCAGCACCAGGGUUUGAUGCUUGCGAGAGUGCAAACUGUAACUGGGCCUCAGGCAAUUAUUUUAACCAAGGGAAGGGAGAAGAGAUACAACGAUAUAAAGUCCUGGGUACUUGCUGGCUAUAAGCAACACCUGCAAGGCCUUAUAUACUAUACACAGAGGAAAUGUUUAUGCAGACGCACCUGACAGCAAUAACAAGAUAACAAGUUAAGCAAAUACACUGAGAAUGAUAUUAUGGUCUAAGAAGAAUGUGUGUUCAGAGUCCCAAGCUAAGAAAUCUGGGAGUGGCUAACCUGGAGUUUCAUACUUUAACUGUGAAGGACACCUGAACCCCCCAGCCAUCUUUUGGAACGUAGGUUGUACAGGGGAUCAAAGCCUUUUGUUUUGGGUUAGAUGGUGGUUGCUAGGUGGAGGGUGCUAAGUGAAAAUGCUAUAUAAACUGCAUGUUUUUUACAAACAGUGGUGGUUCCCUUGUCCAGCCCGCUGCCACUGGACCAUCCCUGUAUGUAAGUUCCCCCAAUAAACCCUAUGUCUCAUUC